CCCCUGACUUCCGGCUAGGGAAGGACAUGGGCUAGCGCGUGCGCACUGAGUUCGCGUGGCUGUGUCCGCACGCGGUGUGAACGAAAUGGAGGCCUCAGCUUCGACCCCACCCUCAACCUCAACCUCAGCCUCGACUCCUGAGACCCCGGCAACACAGGAGCAGCUGGACAAAGAGCAGAUUAAGAAGGCUGUGGAAGCUCUGUUGGCACAUUCCAGGUCCAGGAAGAACACGAAUGGAUUGCUUCUGAAUGAGAAUGAAAAUUUCUUUUUAAUGGUGAUACUGUGGAAAAUUCCAAGUAAAGAACUCAGGGUCAGACUGUCCUUGCCUCAUGGUAUUCGAACAGAUUUAGCAGAUAUCUGUUUAUUUACCAAGGAUGAACCCAAUUUAACUCCUGAAAAGACAGAACGUUUUUAUAAGAAGCUUUUGAACAAGCAUGGGAUUAAAACCAUUUCUCAGAUCAUCCCAUUCCGAACUUUAAAAAAGGAGUAUAAAGCCUAUGAGGCCAAGCUCCGCCUCUUGGGUAAUUUUGAUUUAUUCCUCACUGAUGCGAGAAUCAGGCGGCUCCUACCCUCACACCUAGGGAGACAUUUCUAUAGCAGAAAGAAAGUUCCCGUAUCUGUAAACCUUCUGGCCAAGAAUUUAUCCAAAGAGAUCAAUGGAUGUAUAGGUGGAACUGUCUUAAACAUCUCUAAAAGUGGUUCUUGCAGUACCAUACGCGUUGGUCACACUGGAAUGGAAGUUCAGCACAUCGUGGAAAACAUUGCUGCUGUUGCGAAAAGGCUCUCACAGAAAUUGCCAGAGAAGUGGGAGAGCGUGAAACUCUUAUAUGUGAAAACUGACAGGUCAGUUGCCCUUCCCAUCUUUUCUUCAUUCAUCAGCAGCCAGGAUGAAGCCAAGGGAGUGCACACCCCUAGUCAGAAGAAGAAAUUAGCAAAGAAAAAACAAAAGAAAGCAGAAUAUCAUGCAAGACAAAAGGGGAAGAAAAGAAACAAGAGGUUUACGAAAGGAGCGAAGAAGGCUGCUUCACCCCAGACUAAAGACAAGGCGGACCCUGAAACUAGUGGUGCUCCAGCAAAGGGCCCUGGUCCCCAGAAGGAAGAGACCCUGAAGUGCAGGAAGAAAGAGAUGAACAUGGGGAAAAAAGCCCAGGUGAAAGUGCCAGACUCCGAAGAUGAAAUUCCCACCCUGGUACCAAUAGGAGCUGCUCCAGUGAAGGAAAACGUGGAGGUAUUGUUAUUAAUACUUGGUAUUCAUAGGGGAUUGAGUGGGUGGCCACUGCGUGUCCGGCAGGCACUGCUGAGUGACGAGUGUGAAAGGGUCCUGCGGGCGGGAGGCUUUGUUUAUAGAAACCUAUUUCAAGUCAAACCUGUUCUGCCAAAGAUUUUGAAUAGAUGAAAAAUGCUAAGGUAAACCCAAGAACCCUGGAGGCAGUCACCAUACCUGGCUUUACCCUUGUUUUAAUACUGGACUGAUGUAUAGUAAAUAUAACCUGAAUGUACCUUAGAGUCAGAGGCGAUGUGAUGAUAUUAGUAAUUCUAAGGAACAUUGCCUGUUGUUGUAAAAAGCCGGCCAGUGUGGAAAUUUAGGCAGUGGUUUCUGAAGGUGAGUGCUGGAUCGCCACUUACGCAGCCUCAGAAAACUUACGAGGGCAAACUUGGGUACUGGAGCCCACCCCCAGGGGGUCUUAACAGACAUCCGACUUUUGGGUGUCAGGCAGUACCAGUGUCAGGCGCGUGCUGGCGUCCAGUGACAGCCCCAAGGCUAUUACUGCACUUUACUUAUAUUGUCCUAAAAGUAAUCCUUAGAAUCUUCAAUGAUAUAAAUUUUUACCCAACAGUGAGAGUUCCGUUUACAAGGUGCCCCCAAAGUGCUGCUGAGUUUUUAAUGUGCUUGAAAUUGUUUUUAGAAAAACACGCUGAUUUUGUUAUAAUGAGACUGGACAUAAUACGUUGGGAAUUAAAGAGUGGAAAGUAGCUGACUGGGCGAUGUAGAGCAAGAAGUGUUCUUGACCUUUGAACCCAUUGGGGAAAGGAGCAGGGUAAUUUGCAAAAGUUCCAUCAUUGCUCACUGGAGAAGCAAAAAUGAGAUAAUGUCACACACCCUUGUAGCAAUUUUUCUAAAGGUUUUUGAAGUAAUGUUUAGUAAGAGUGUAUAGUGCUUAAGAAACAUUAAUAAAAUAAUUGGGGAUUGGGCAUAAUACUCAGCUUUUCAAUACCUACAUACUCAGUUGGGGAAAAGUAGUAAAUGAAAGACAGCAACUACUAUGUUAGGAGAGUUAUUAGGGCGUUUUUAUUAAUGUAUCUUUUGUCUUCCAAAUUUUCCACAGUAAUCCAGCUGUUUUGUAUUUACUCUAACAGUUGUGUUCUGCUGCUUGUCUUUGUCUGUAUAACCUGCUUCUGUACUGCACAGAGUCUGUUGCUAGAAUUUUGUUGUAUCAGUAGCUGCCACCUGGGGUGCCCAGAAAGCCCAGGAUUCCUGGCAUAUAACACACUCCCCUCCAAAGAGCAUCUGAAUCUAACUUUGGAAAUUGGGUCUUUCUCACAGGCACCCCAGUUGGUUUUUACACACGUGGUCUGGGAACUCCCCUCCCUAACCCACAUGCAGAGAGUUAACAACUGAGGGAGACAAUGAAGUCAGGAUUCAGUGACAGACCCCCAUGCUGCACUCCCAGAGUCCCUACUGCCAACCGUGGGGGGAAGAUGGUUGUCCUUUGAUUGGACCAGGGAGCCCGCCAGGGUCCUUUUGGCAGUCAUUGCUAAUGGAACACAGCUGUGUCUCUCAGUGCCCGCCAGGGAAAGGCCACGCCAUGCCUCGUUUGAGCGUGCUGACGUGUGCCCUUGGAGUGGACACUGUCAGGAUUUUUUCCCUGGACCUAACU